AUGUCUACACGACCUCGGCGUGAACCGACGCCUUCUCGCCGCCUCCUGGAGGCACGCGCCGCAGCCGUUACAACUAGAUCAAAUCAGCCUAUAUCGACGCCAACGCCUCCAAGGACACUGUCUCCGACCUCAAGGGAGCUCGCGGAGCCUACCCCAGUGCCACCUAGGCCAGAAACUGCUGUUCCAGGAAGUGCUGGCACGGCAGGUGGUAGCAGACCUAGUCAAAGCCUCAGGUUGACAUUCAACGCCUCAACCUGGGCGCGAUCGCCUGUGCCUAGCGCCGCCGCAGCGCGCCAGCCUGUGCCGCAGUCUGGUAGACUUACUACGGCGGAGGCGCGAUCGGUUGCUCUCCAGGCGCUCAGGGCGAGACCUGCCACCGAGCGAUCUCAGACCUCGCGGAGCUCGCAAUGGCUGUUUAAAUCGCAGUUCCUUGAGGAUGAGGAUAAGUUUAACUCAUCCUCAGAUCUAGAUAAGCUAAACAACUUGAUAUCUAGCCAGAUUGACGAGGGCCAUAUCCGCAUCGACACUCCAUCUAUUCGACAGUGGUUCGACUCAAUCCGUAACGGCGCCGCAACGAUCGAGGAGAUGCUAGGUUCGUUACUCCUGAGACUUAUAAAGGAUAAGAGUAACUACAUGAAUAAAAAGGCUAUCAAAGCUGCCUUAAGCCCACCUUUCCGACCUGGCGACGACGAUAAUAACGUUAUUCUCUACCUCGACUGGCUCGGUAGGCGUUAUCCUAGCUAUAGAGCUGAAUUUGGCGAGAUUAAAGGCAUUCUACAGGCUGAGGGAUGGGGGUUCUUAGAUCUUCGCGCAAUCACAGAUUCUGCCUGGGAACGCAUGGAGAUUCGCGGUAGAUUCGUUAACAAGCUGAAGAAGAACCUUAAGGUCUUCGCAAACGAGGAAUUACAGCCAGAAGAGGCCUCGGCGGCGGCGACAGACGACCUGAGUCUCCUACCUUGA